GUAGUCAUUUGUGAGGCAGAGAAACCCAUGAAGAGAGUUUCGUCUUUGCAACGCCUAACAGAGAGUGAAGCUUCAUCUGGCUGCAAUAAGGAUGGCAACAAUGGGGCAUCUUUCUACUCCAGUGUUGUGGCUCCUUCUCCUCUCCAUUCAGGUUUCUCUGGGGGAUGAUGAGUUGAGGCUGACAAAUGGAACUGGCCCCUGCUCUGGGAGAGUGGAAAUAAAACAUGAAGAGCAGUGGGGAACUGUGUGUGAUGGUGACUGGAACAUAGAAGAUGCUGAGGUUGUUUGUAAGCAAGUAGGAUGUGGAUCUGCUGUUCAGGCCCUUAAUCGAGCUCCUUUUGGAGAGGGAUCCGGAAAAACGUGGUUGUAUCGAGUUGACUGCCGUGGUGAUGAAUCUGCUCUCUGGAACUGCUCACAUACAGGAUGGGAUGCCUUUCCCUGCCCUCAUUAUUUUGAUGUUGGAGUGAUAUGCUCAGGUUUCUCUAGACUGCAUCUGGCUGGAGGGGACACUGCCUGCUCAGGACACCUGAAAGUAAAGCAAGCAGAAACUUGGGCUACAGUCUGUUAUUCACAUAUUGAUUUCAAUGCUGCCUCUGUUAUAUGUAAUGAGCUAAAGUGUGGCCAGGCUGUGGAUAUCUUGAGAGGAUUUCACUCUGGAAACAGGCGUGAGUUGAUCUGGCAAGAAGAGUUCCACUGUGUGGGGAAUGAGACUCACCUUGCACACUGUCCCAGAAUGUUGGACCGUAGCAAGGCAUGCUCUCAUGAUGCCCAUGUUCUAUGUUCAGGCUAUGGUGGAUACAGGCUGGCAAAUGGCAGUACCACAUGUUCAGGGAGAGUAGAGCUUCUUCAUGGAGGCUUGUGGGGAACAUUCUGUGACUACCUGUGGAAUUUCCCAGCUGCCAAUGCCCUCUGCCAGCAUCUGGACUGUGGAAUUGCCCUAUCAAUACCGGCUGGACAGUCCUUUGGAAAAGGAAAUGGGUCGGUAUGGAACGGCACAUUAAGCUGCAAUAAGGAAGGCUCACACUUGAGAGAGUGUCCUGUGAAUGUGCUAAGUCAGAAUGAAUGCCCUGCUGGAAAUGAUGCUCGUGUGGUGUGUUCAGGGUGUCCAGGGAGCAGAUUAGUGAAUGGCACCACAUGUUCUGGCAGAGUGGAGAUCCGCCAUGGAGAUACAUGGGGAAGACUCUGCCGCUCCCACUGGAAUUUGCAAGAUGCUAGCGUUCUCUGUCGUCAGCUGAACUGUGGCUAUGCAAAGUCAGUCGAGACAGGAGACCUUUUUGUGGAUGGGAAUGGAUUUGUAUGGAGAGAUGUUUUUCACUGUGAAGGGACAGAGUCCUGCCUGUGGGACUGUGCUCAGGUGACUUUGGGCAAUCCAACCUGUUCAGCCAGAGAAACAGCCACUGUUGUUUGCUCAGGCCUUUCUGAUUCACUAAGACUCUCAGAUGGUGAGAGCCGCUGUGAUGGGCGAGUUGAGAUCUCUCUCCAUGGCAUGUGGGGCAGAGUCCUGGAUGAUGACUGGAACAUUAAGGAUGCUACUGUGGUGUGCAGACAACUCCAGUGUGGAAUAGCCAAGAAAGCCUAUUACCUUCCAAGGUCUGAGAGAGGCAUCGGUCUUGUGGGCUUAAGAAGUGUCCAGUGUGAUGGAAAUGAAACUCAGCUGGUGCUCUGCAAGACCUCCCAUUCUCAGGCACUGCCAACAGGAGUUGCUGAAGAUGUUGGCGUGAUUUGCUCAGAGAGCAAGAAGAUCAGGCUGGUGAAUGGGACACAGCGCUGUGCUGGGAGAGUGGAGCUCUAUCACAAUGGCAUAUGGGGCACAAUCUGUGAUGAUAACUGGGAUCUAUCAGAUGCAAAUGUUGUUUGCAAACAGCUGGGAUGUGGCUAUGCCAUCAAGGCAUUUGUCUCUGCUCAUUAUGGUGAAGGCUCAGGACAGAUCUGGCUGGAUGAUGUGAACUGCACUGGGGCUGAAUCUGGUCUCUGGGCAUGUCCCUCCAGGGCAUGGGGUCAGCACAACUGCCAACAUAAGGAGGAUGCUGGAGUCCUGUGCUCAGAGUUCUUGGAUCUGAGGUUGGUGAAUGGCAAUGACUGUGCUGGACGACUAGAAGUUUUCUACAAUGGAACAUGGGGGAGCAUUUGUUCCAAUCAUAUGUCUCAACUGACUGCAAUAACUGCAUGCAAACACCUGAACUGUGGAGAUGGUGGGGAAAUUGAAAAAGAUUUCAAAUACGGCAGAGGUUCUGGGCCCAUGUGGUUGGACCACAUUGAGUGCAAUGAGAAACACAGCUCUCUCUGGCAAUGUCAGUCAGACCCCUGGGAUCCUCAGUCAUGUGAUAACCGAGCAGAAGAGACCCAUAUUUCUUGUACUGGAAGAAAAGGGACAGCAACUCCAGCCACAUCUGCUGAGUGUCCAAAUUCUACAAGUUGCUCAGACAGGGAGAAGUUACGUGUCGUAGGAGGAGAGGAUGUGUGCUCAGGAAGAGUGGAGAUUUGGAACCAGGGUUCUUGGGGAACGAUCUGUGAUGAAUCCUGGGAUAUAGCAGAUGCUAAUGUGGUAUGCAGGCAGCUGGGUUGUGGGUCUGCCGUGUCUGCUCUGAGUGAAGCUGCCUUUGGAGAAGGGACUGGUCCCAUCUGGUUGGAGAAGAUCCACUGUAAAGGAACAGAACUGUCUCUCUGGGACUGUCCUUCCAAGCCCUUGUUUGGCAAAAACUGUGAUCAUAAGGAGGACGCUGCUGUGGAUUGCUCAGGUGUGACAGAAACAACAGCAUCAUCCACUAGAGCAGAUCUUCCCCGCCAACCAGAGACACAAAAUGUGAGAAUUUCAGCGCCUGUCAUCCUUUGUGUUAUUCUGGGGGCUCUUCUCUGCCUGGUCCUUGCCAUUCUCGCUGGACAGAUCAGAAGUGCCAGGGCACAGAAGAGAGGCUCCAGAGUAUCAUAUGACCCCUUCUCUGAGGCUGUCUAUGAGGACAUUGACUAUAAUCUGAUGAGAGAAAAGCAGGGGAUGACUCACCUCUCAGUUAAUACCAGUAUUGUUCCAGAGGUCCCACUACUGCCUGGAAAUGCCCUGGAAGACGGUUAUGAUGAUGUGACAGAAGCUCCUGGACCUAAAGAUGCUUCCUUUCCAGGGAAGAAUGAACAAGAAAUCAUUGGAGUUCUGGACAAAAGUGACGGAAACAGGUAUUCAUGGACAGACGCGUCAAGAAACAGGACCUCUGAGACUCAAAGAGAUUCAUCCCCUGCUCUUGAAGACACAGUUUAUGACGACAUUGAAGAGACAGGACACUGAUCAAGAUCGCUGAGCAGUACUGAACACUUUUGGAAGUACUUCCCUCUUCAUAAAAUGCUAAUCAUGUACUAGCAGAACCAGAACAACCUGCAUUUAGAAUUAGUUUUCAUAAGUUUGGUUUAUUUGCAGAGAAGUGAUUGCAUAUUUAGAAGAAAUACAAGCAUUAGCUUGUUUAGACAGCUUUUCAAGUUUCUCUUAACUACCUGGGCACUUUUUUUUUUUUUAAUUUCUAAAUAGUUUCAUUGUUUCUUUUUCCUUAAAAAAAAAAAAACUGAGGUAAUUUUUCAGCCAUGAUAUUUUCUUAUUAAAACUGUUUAAAGAUCUUUUCUCAAAUGUAUGUUUCUCCUCCCAGAUACACCUCAGUGUAUUAGGAAUUUUGAUUAUUAGGAAUUGAGACUGAACUGCAAGAAAAUCAUCAAAGCUGUGUUUAAUCUUUUGGAUAUUCUUAUUUGUCACAUAGAAUGUGAGAGCCAGAAGUAAUUUGCUAGGUAGCACUUAGUGAGAUAACAAACUAAGCGAGAGGUUAUUCUUGUCCUCAUUUUAAAUGCAGGUCUGUCAUUUGAACUAUGUGCAAGUGAAUUACAAGUUAGACUGGGUGGAAAAACUCCUCUUAUCUCCCUCUAUACCAUGAUGAAUUAUUGUCUCCCAAAGUUAUACCAAUUAUAUAGUAAUAGAAAGUUUAAUUUCUUUCCACAUAUGGCAAAUGGUGGUCAUAUCUAUAGGUUUCCAUCAUGUCAUUUAUUUUCAUCAUGUGAAGGCAGACUGCAAAAGUCCAAAAGUUGAUGGAGUAGAAGUACUGUUGUCUUGUCUCCUAAUGAAAUUUCUUGUAGGUUUUGAAAGAAAAAGCUUCCCUUGAAAUCUGCUAUCUGUAUUGGUGUACUGGUUUUGGCUGGAAUAGUUAGUUUUCAUCACAGUAGCAAACAUGGUGAGGUGUUUUGCAUUUGUGAUGAAAAACAGUAUUGAUAAUAAACUGAUGUUUUAGUUGCUGCUAAGCAGUGCUUACACAGUAUCAAGGUCUUUGCCUCUCAUGCUGCCCUGCCAGCAAGGAGGCUGGGAAUGCACAAGAAGCUGAGAGAGGACACAACCAGAACUGAUUCAAACUGACCAAAGGGACUUUCUAUACUGUAUGAUGUUAUGCUCAGCAAUAAAACUGGGGGGAAAGAAGGAAGAAGAGGGAAUGUUCAGAGCUAUGGUGUUUGUCUUUCCAAGUAACAAUUAUGUGUGAUGGGCCCUGCUUUCCUGGAAAUGACUGAACAUCUGCCCACCAAUGGCAAGUAGUGAAUAAAUUCCUUAUUUUGCUUUGCUUGCAUUCACAGCUUCCGCUUUACCUAUUAAACUGACCUUAUCUCAAGCCAUGAGUUUCCUCACUUUUCACUUUCUGAUUCUCUUUACCAUCCCACUGUGGGUCCAUGAGCGAGCUGCCUGCUGGGCUUAAACCACAACACUUGGCCUCCACUUAUCCCUCAAAAUUUUUGGGCCCCUCAGUACGAGAAGGACAUCAAGGCCCUGGACCUUGUCCAGAGAAGGGCUAUGAAGCUGGUAAAGGGCCUGGAACACAAGUCCUAUGAGGAGCGGC